UUUAAAUGGCGGUAAAAAAAGGGGGUGUCAGACCCGCUCGCGAAGCCUGGAACGGCCGAGAGCCCCCGAGGCGAGGCGGGUGCGGGGAGGCCUCGUCCCUGAGGAGAGUCCGCGGCGCCCGCCAUGGCGCCGGCCCACCCGCGCUCCGCGGCGUGCCCGGGGCGGGUAGAGCCUGGGGUCGGGGCUGCUGUAGGAGGCGGGAGGGAUCCUGGAGCCCGGCGGCAGCGUGGAGCCCCCCAAGGAGCCGGGCGGAUGGACGCCCCUCACCGCUCGCCCCCAUACCUUGCUCCGGGAAAGCCGCGCCGGACCCCGCCAUCGCCGCUCGGGCCGUGGCCGAGGCCGGCGGCGUUGCUAUGGGGACGGGGCCCGGCGGCAGCCGUUACCGGGGCAAGCGGGUAAACACAAGCGGCGCCCGGCGGCAGGGCAGGGCCAUUGCUGCCGAACUGCCGCCUCCUCAGCCGCGGAGGUGUGCCCCGGAGCGCGAAACCCUGAGGGGAGCCCCGGGAGCGCGAAACCCUGAGGGGAGCCCCGGGGAGCAGGAGGAUGAGUGCGAGGAAUGGCUGCUCCUGCAACCCCAGCCCACAGCGUCCCUCAAAAUCCGGUGGUGCUGAGGUACAAGGAAGGACAAGUUUAAGAAGGACAAGCCCCUUCAAGCUGUUCUCCAGCCAUGUAAAUUGAACGCACGAAGAUUUAUCUUUGAAAUCCCUGCCUCCGCUUUUCUUGACUGCCUCAUUGAGAUGCAUGGUGCCUGAUUUCUCAGUAUUCAUUACGCAGCAGUGCUUACAGUCACAGCACAGCUCCCGCUGCCUACAGCUUGCAGUUGCAAGUGCUCAGCACUUCUACAAAUUACACUCCACCGUACCAAACACCAAGAAAAACACAAUUAACAACCACAUGUGCAAAGUGACUAGUAUCACACAGGAAAUCUGUGGCAAAGGCAGGGAUACAAUUCAGUUCCCCAGGGCUGCACUCAUGCCUUAAUCAUGAAAACAUGUUCUCUACAAUUGUCUGCUUCAUUCACUACGUACUUCCAACGGCUGCAACAAAGAAAGUACAGAUUCCACAGAGCACGAUCGCUUUUACUACACAAUGAUUCAUCCUCCAGCGCAGGUCUUUUCUAUGUGCUACAUAACACAGAAGACCCACGGAAAACUCUCUGUGCUCUCAAAGGAAUCACACACAGUUCCCUCACCCUCACCACUCACAUAGUCCACCAGAGUCCUUGUCCCUUUGUCUGCCUCUUCUACCACCAAGAACUUGGGUGCUCGGGAUAGUCAGGAUUCCUGAUCCAAUUCCUGGGCUUAAUCAGGUCCCAGAUUGCAGCAGCAAUGAGCGGCAGGAUAAGGGAAGACCGUUUUGAACGCCAGUAGCCCCAGGGCUGGAGCAUGCCCAGAUGUUUCAUGGAACAGCUCUGGCAGGCCAGUCGCACACAGGUGUUUAUUGGCUUGAAGUAAAAAUCAGGAAUACUGAGAAUAAUUCAUCCACCGCUUAGCUCUUCAAACAGAACAGGAAUGAGCGCAAUGUGCAAAUCUAAAUGCAGAUAACAGCAGUUAUGAACUAACAAGCAUGCUUUACUCACGGAGUUGCUUGCGUGAUGAACUUUUUCUUUUCCUGGAAUGAACUCAUUUUAGUAUGAAAACUGAUUAUGCAUGAAGUAUUGUCAAAGGCAUGUAGCCGAGCAACUGUACAACUCCUUUUUUCACUAAUAUCUAUAAUUUUUAGGAACAAAAGAUGCUACUGCUAACUGCAAUAAGUACAAAUCUGCCUCUUAGAAAUGUGAUUUGCAGUUUACUUUCUCUUUACACUUAAAAGCUAUUUAAAAGCAAAACAGAUCUAACCGAAUCAAAAGUAGCAUUGUGCACUUACAUUAAAUAGAUUCAUUUUCAUGCUAAGAUUACUUUACGGAGCAAAGAAUUGCUAUAUGUGGAAAAUAAAAGGAGAAAUGUAAGAAACUAUUCCAAAGAGGUUCGAUACUUCGCACAGCAAAAGCUCUGCACAGCCUCUCCGUGACCUAGAC